UGAAAAGGUAUAAAUAAAGGGCCAGAUUGAUCAUCGUCAGAGCAUUCUUUCCUCAUCAAAACAAAUCAAUAAACAAUCACAAGCAAACAAAUCAACUUAAAAAAAACCUUUCUUUAACAAACAUGAAGUUUUUCACCGCUUUCACUAUUUUGGCAAUCACGAUUGCAGCUUCAAUUUCUGCUGCUCCUUCCAGUAACGGCACAUUUAGCAUAGUUGAACGUGACACGCCAACGUGUUGGUUGGACGAUAAGAUCGGAGGUACAUGCGACUUCAAAUGCGGUCAACGUGGUGCCAAAUCAGGUAGCUGCAAAACCGGAACAUGCGUUUGCAGUUAUAGCAAACGCAAUGAACUACCUUCAACCGAAGAACACACCCAGGCCAAACGUGAUAUAGAAGUUCAACAAUUCCACAAACGUUGGUCAUGCCAAAUUGGCGAGAUUGGCGGUAAAGGUUUGAGUAACUCUUUAUGUUCAGCUUCAUGUGCAGACGCAUCUGGCGGUAAAAAAGAUGGUUAUUGCGACAAGAAUGAUACUUGCAUCUGCAAAGCUUAAUUGUGUAUCUGAUCACUUUGUAUUCAUUUUGCAAUCAAUAUAUUGAACUUGCCGGCAGGUUCUUUUCGUUUCUUAUUUAUAAUGAUUACUGUUCAUGAUUCAGGCUACAAUCCCA